AUGUAUUUUCGUGAUUUCAAUACAAAAAAUUCAACUAACAGACUUUUGCUUUUUGUAGGUACAGAUACUUCCACAUUUGCUGGGUUUAGAGCUUGCAGCUGUCUGAAAGGAUUUCAUCGUACCCAUCUUUUUGAAGGCUGCACACAAUGCAAUGAAGAAGGAUUACAAUGUGUGGAUGAUCAUGUUAUGCUGAAGAAGGGUUACUGGUGGAAAUGGGAGAAUCAGACCCACAAACAAUUUUAUGAAUCAUUUACACGUAAUCUCUUGGAUUCAAGGAAUUCUUCUUCAACUAAUGCUUCCCUCAUCGAGUUCCCAUACACUGUUCCUACGCCGCACAAAUGUCCACAACCAGAGGCUUGCUGUGGCGGUUUCAAUUCUUCUUGCGCUGACGUCUAUCAAGGACCGCUGUGUGAAAUUUGUAGUGAUGGCUACUAUAAACAGUUUCAAACGUGCAAAAAGUGCCCAACGAAGAAAUGGAUGAUCGGACAACUGUCUAUCGUGAUGGCAGUUAUCCUGGUCAUUAUUUUAGUUAUCCUAUGGUCAAGUAAAAAGAAGCAAGAGAAUGAGAAAAAAGGAAGAUCCAUAGUGGAUAUGAUACUUGGAAGGCUGAAAAUUGUCAUUGGCUUUUACCAAGUCACUGAUGGGCUGUUACAGACAUUUUCGUACGUCAAAUGGCCAGAUUCUCUUUCUGUCAUUGGAAAAUAUUCGGAGAUGAUACAGCUUAAUGUAUUUCAGAUUGCCCCUCUUCACUGCAUCUUCCCUGAAUUAAAGGUCAAUGCUUUUAAGAGCUUGUUUGCAAUCCUUGCAAUGAAUGCCACAGCCAUCAUCGUUGCGAUUCUCAUUUAUUACUUACGAAAGCUUCUACUCGAACGGAGUGCUUCCUCCAAAGAAGAAAAGUUAAGGAAAUCUUCUCAAACGAAAGAGCUGAUCUUGAGAAACCUGUUUUUCUUCCUGUACGUGACAUAUCUCAGUACCUGCUCCAAAACAGCUAGCGUGCUUCCCCCAACUUGCCGUCUGCUUUGUUCGGACAAAACGAAAACCCACUGUCAAAAGUUUCUUAAGACUGACUACAGUAUCGACUGUGAGAGUACAAACUACAGUCGAUCAGUCAUCGUUGCCUACGUUGCAGUCGCUUACAUACUACUUCUUCCCACAGCAUCACUUAUAGCUCUCUGGAAAGCGCGAUUGACCGUUACAAGUCAGAAUGAAACCGAAGACGAGCUCCAAAAUCCUGAUAUCAAAGUGAAAAGCAGUGAAGUCACCACAGGCUUGCGAUUCCUUUUCGAAAACUACCAUCCGCGCUCGUGGUACUGGGAACUGGUAGACACAGUACGGAAGGUGGUCCUCACGUCAGGUCUGAUCCUGGUUGGUGGUGAAAGCAGGGCAUAUGUAGGACUGGCUUGCGUCAUGUCAGGACUCUAUGGAAUGUUUUUUGCCUAUGUCAGCCCCAUUAUGGACCCAUUCGAGAACAGACUAAUGCUGAUAUCUCUUGCUGUAACCUUUGUAAACUUGGGAAUAGGAGCUGUGAGUAAGAUAAACAGCGAGAACAUUCCAGCCUCAAUCGAUCCAUAUGUGGAUAACAUCAUGUUCAAGGUACUGGUGCUUGGAGCAAAUUCUUUGGUAAUCGGUCUUCUCGUGGGUAAGUUAAGUCUAAAACUACUUCGGUUAUCAAUUUACCCUUCAAUAGUAUAAUAUUCAACCCUGGGUAUUGUUACUAAUUAUAGUAAGGUAUGGGGAAUCAAUCUUACCUGGGACAAGCCCAAGAUAGACUGAAUUAAAUGAAGGUAAUCUGGAACCCGACUUACUCACUGAGUCGCCAAUCGCCCUUCGUGUCAGCAAAGUGAAGUGAAUAGGACAAAAUGUACCAGUAUUUCCUAUUAUAUAAACUCAUUUGCAUAUCAUGAAUUGUUCUUCGGGGAUGAUAUUUACAAUUCAAAUUGGAACGUGAACAGGAAGUCUAAGCGACCAAGACGACGAAAACAACAACGUCAAAAAAAGGACCUUGAAAGGACGCAAAUCAAUUUUUUAGCGACGUUGUCACUGCCGUCGUCGACGACUAGUCGUCGUUGCUUAAGCUCGAUCCCAAUCACAAGUAGGGCGAUGCCAGCUCCGUGCUUGCUUUUGGUUUUCGGCCAAAAUGUAGUUCACGAUGUAAAUCGGUUAAGCUUCAACUGCCAUUCUAACUGUAAUUGUUAUAAGUAUUAAUUAAAAGUAUGUUAGUAAGUAAGUAGGUAAUUGCGUAUGUAUGUGAGUACUGCUACGUAAGUCAGUCAGAGUAAGUUAUCAACAAGACUUGACAUUAGAGCUAACAUAUUGAUGGAGAAGUGUUAAGACAGUACAAUAGAGGACUCCGCCUAAUAAAACGUCAAGUCAACGCGUACGUUUUAAAAAGGUGUUCUUGAAAGAGAGAGGUGACUUCAGACAGUCCUAAAUAUACGUAACUAUGACUAUUGUUUCUUUGCAGUUCAGUAUAUUGUAUACAUCUAUCGCUUUAUAAAAGAAUGGCUCAAGAAUCCCAAAUGGUCUUUCUCUUGCUGUCUGGCCUUGCUGCUGCCUCUGAAUGACUUGCAAGGAGAAGUACGUGGAUUUGCUGGAAGGAAUGUUUUUAAGAACCAACUGCAAACAGGAAAAGUGAACAUGCCGUCAAUUUCAUCCUCGUUCCAAGAUACUGGUGCUAUGAACUUUAGUUUGGGAGAGGAUCAACCCCUGACGGGUGAAAAGAAUUCUGAUCGUGAGGAAACACCUGGAAACAAGAGCGAAAAACAAACCAAGACUCGAGUAAGCGGGAAAGAAUCCAUCUUUACCAAAAUUUCAGUUCAUGAAGUUCCAAAAAUAACAUACGAAACGUCUUUGUAA